AUGCAAAUCCAUCUCCAUACUCCGUUAUUCAAGUCAAUUCAGUUUCCACUUCUCUCUUUACUCGAAAUGGACCAAAUAGAAUUACAUUGGGAUCAACCGGACUUUGGUGCAUUGCACAGAUUGUACUUUGUCGGUUGUUCUGAUUACAAGCAGAAAAUCCAGUUUUCCAUAAAGACUGAUUUUGCAAGUUUUAAAUGCAAUCAUUAUACUGCUCAUACAGGGUCGCAUUUAUGCGUCCACACAACUGCUUCUGUUGAAUUCUCUGGAAAGCCAACAUUUAGUCUUCAUCAAACACCAGUCCACUUAAACGCAGAAUGCGAUGAAUAG